GCGCGCCUGACGGCCACCGAACGCUCACUCCAUCUCCUCCGCCACGCCGCGGGCGCAGAACCCCGAGACCGAGGAGCAGGAAGGCGUUCCCCGGCCUAGGCUGGGUAGACCGAGUUUCCGGAGCCGUCGAACGGGGUUCCGAGGACCCUGAGGACUGGUAGCCAAAUGUCCACUGGAGAUGGCCCACCGAAGCGGCUGGAUGGUUGGACUCUGCAGCUUGAUGCUGGGGGCCCGCCCCCUUUUUGUUCCCCCACCCCCCCCCAGGCCACCAGCCCUUGCAGGUCUCAGGACUCAGGACUUAGCCUUCUCGUACUAAACUGUCCUUAGAAACUAGGAAAGCCAUGCUUCUUUCUCACCCGGAGCCGUGCUGAAAUGCAGAUGAAGAGGUAGAAGGAGAAAUUAUGCGUUUCUACGAAGUUCUCAGAUGACCCCAGUACCUACUUGCUUAAUGAAAGAGUAUAUCCAGCCUACCUGCUGGUUCACUCUUCAUCUACUUGUGUUUCAAUCCCUGUAAUGCUAUUGGUCAUGGAAAGUGACACAAGAUCAUUGGCUGUGAAGGACGUCCAGAAACAACAAGCAUUGUCACAUCUUCUUCAAUGGAUCCGCUUUCUAAUCUUUGAAAAUACUUUGGAGCCUUCAGUUACAUUGCAAACGCUCCAGCUGAGCAAAGAUGAAGAUCUGGUCAUUUCUGACACUUACCAGAGAGAGGGACUGAUGCCAAACUUAAGUCUACCAGGUCUUAUUUAUUCCAUCCCUACAAGAAUCCACGGUCUAAUAGAGGAGAUAGAUAUGAAAGAAAACACAGUGCAGUUUAAUGAGGCUUCCAUAAAUUUGGCCUCCUUUGUGGACAAGAGUCCCAGGGAGCCCAAUAAACUGAAUGAGACUAUCUUCCAUUUUUCUGUGAAUUCCAAGAACAGAAUAAGAAAACCCCCAACAAAGCGCUCAGUCACCCCUGCCACUGAGUCAGAGGUAGCAUACGGAGGAAUGUCCUAUUUUAUGGCUAUCACAUGAGAACCUGACAUCUAUAAAUUGCAAAAACAGUGUGAUACCAGAACAGUGGUCCUAAAAACUCUUGCCAAAGAAGUCUCGCGAAUCAAAUCGCUAUUCAAAGUACAGGCUGAGCAAACGCUCUGGCUUCUGCUGAGUAACACUCUGAGAAUUAGAAAGGUUAUUAAUAUACCUCCAAUGUGUGAACUGAAAGGCUGGCUCAUAAGAAACCAAAAGAAUACCGUAAAUGUGCAGCCAUCCCCCACGCCAACCCCCAGAAAAAAAGCAGGAGUCUCAACAUGA